CAACAAGAAGAAGAAGACAAAGCGGCAGAAGAGCCGUGAUUAGCCUUGCGCACACUGGGACGAUUUGCUGCCAAAGUGAGGAGUUACUGUCUUCGACAUGGUGAAAUUAUCUGCAGAGCUGAUUGAGCAGGCUGCUCAGUACACCAACCCCGUGAGAGACAGAGAGCUGGAUUUACGAGGUUAUAAAAUCCCUGUACUUGAAAAUCUUGGAGCUACUCUGGAUCAGUUUGACACAGUUGAUUUCUCUGAUAAUGAAAUCAGAAAACUGGAUGGCUUCCCUUUGCUCAAAAGACUGAAAACAUUGCUAAUGAACAACAACAGGAUUUGUCGCAUAGGUGAGAAUCUGGAGCAGUCUCUGCCAAGUCUGACAGAACUGGUUCUCACAAACAACAACAUUCAGGAGCUGGGUGACUUGGACCCACUGGCCACAGUGAAGACUCUGACCCUCCUUAGUUUGUUAAGGAAUCCAGUGACAAAUAAGAAACAUUACAGGCUGUACGUCAUCAACAAAAUCCCACAAAUCCGUGUGCUUGACUUCCAGAAGGUGAAGCUCAAGGAACGCCAGGAGGCAGAGAAAAUGUUCAAGGGCAAACGAGGUGCUCAACUUGCAAAGGAUAUUGCCAGGCGAACGAAAACUUUCACUCCUGGAGUGGCAGCGCAGCCUGAGAAGCAGAGGACGGGUCCCUCUCAAGCAGAUGUGGAUGCCAUCAAGAAUGCCAUUGCUAAUGCCUCAUCAUUGGCAGAGGUGGAGCGAUUGAAAGGGAUGCUGCAGGCUGGUCAGAUCCCGGGCCGAGAUCUCAGACAAGGUAUGGCUGCGAUGGUGGAGGAAGAAGAGGAAGAAGGUGAAACUGCACCGAUGGAAACACAUGUUGGAGGCAGUUCUGGAGAAGAGAUGAAUGAGGGGGAUCAAGUGGAGGAUGAUGAAGAGAUGGAUGAAGAGUCCCAUGUUAAUGGUUCCUGAACAUGUGGAGAAGAUUUUGUUGUUCUUUGUUUUUUUACUUGUAAAUUUCUUAUGUUAAACCAAGGUUGUCUUACCUACAUUAAACUGAUUUCUUAAACUGC